AAAAAAUACGUCGUAUGAUAAACAAAUAAAGAAAUUAACUAGAGAAUUAAAAAUUAAAACUGAACUGAGAACUGAAAGUGUCAAAGAAAUAAAUAGACUUCAAGAUAAAAUAAAUGUAUGCUAAUAUUGUCAUUAGUCCAAUAAAUCACGUACAAUAUUGUUCUAUAACUGUACAAUUUACACUUUGUUAUGGUUUUCAUCAUUAGUAUCAAGAAAAUGAAUUAUUAAGAGUUCAAUCCGAACUGACACGUUUGAUUGCUACUCAUGAAACAUCUGUCAGAAAACGACAAGAAGUUGUGGAGGAGGUUGAAAAAAUUUCUGAGGGAAAAAAAAAUUCUGAAAACGACGUAGCUACUUUGGAACGAAACUUAAACGCAUCACAAGAAGAUAAUAUUCAACUUAAAAAAAUGUUAGAAUUAACAGAAAGAGAAAAGAAGUUACUAGAAAAAAACAUAACUAAAGUUAAUGAACAAAUAACCGUAUACAUCGCAAAAAUGAAUAUAAAAGAAUCAGCAUUUCGGGUUUUAGAACAAAAAUUUAGCAGUGCACAAAAAUAUAUUGAUAAAUUAAAUUUAGAUAUAAUUAUAAUGAAAAAAAAUAAGGAAAAGUACAUAAUAAUUUAUAUUUGUUAUUAUAAUAUUGUCGAUUUUAUAAAAUAACUCACAUACACAUGUAAUACAGGUUACACCAAGAAAUAAUAAAUUUAAAACACAAAAUUCACGAAGAUUCGGUGACAUUAAAUCACAAAGAAGUGGAAGUACAAGAAUUAAAAAAAGAAGUAAACAAAUGGAGUGAUAAGUUUAAAGAGCAAGAUCACGACCUACACACUAUAAAAACUGAAAGAAAUCUGUUUUCAAAAAAUCUUACUGAAGCUAAGGUUUGUAUCGCCAUAAUACUUUUUAAGUGUCGUAUUAAUUCAUUAUUAGUUUAAUUUGUCUUCAGGAUGAAACAGAAGACAUAAAAGAUAAAAUAAAAAUGAUUUCACAGCAACUCGAACAACAAAAGGAAUACGUCGCGUACAAAGAAGUGCAAUUAACGAAAAACGAUACAGUAUUAAAACAAACCGAAAAGGAACUUCAGAAAUGUCAACAAGAAAUCGACGAAUACGAGACCCGAGUGGAAGGAAUGUCAAAUUUAUUAAAGAAGAAAAAUGAAGACGAAAAGUCGAUGAUAAUGACAUUGAAAUUAUUGCAGAAAAAAAUAGAAAAACUUCAGAAACAGAAUGAUGAAGGAAACAAAGACAAAAACAAACUCAUAAAUCAAAUGAAUAAACGCAACGAGGAGCUAUUAAGACAAAAAGAUGCUAAUGACAUAUUAAGAACAACAUUAGGCAAGGGAGAAGUGGAAUAUAAUAAAAGGAUUGACGAUAUUAGAUUGCUGAAAUCGGAAGUAAAGAGUUUGAGCGUUCAAAAAAACUUAUUGAUGAAAAACCUAUCAGAAAUAAAUGAUAUAAGAGGCGAAGUACUUAAAUAUGAGCAAAAACUAAACAGAGAACGUUUGAAAUGUCGGGCUCUAGAAGACAUGUUAAUCAAACCUACAAACGUACACCGUUGGAGAAUAUUAAAAAACACUGAUCCGCCGGCUUACGAGAUGGCUGCCAAAGUGAAAAUCCUUCAAAAACGGUUACUCGAACAAUGCACCAGAGUAUUCGACAAGGAUUUGCAAGUCCAAGAGAUGCAGACUAGGUACGAAAAACUGAAAGAUGAAUUCAUUAAGCUACCAGGCAGAGAUAUUUUCAAAGAAAUGAACGAUAUCAAAAGAACUCUAUUAAAAAAAGACGACAAAAUGAGGAGCUUAUCCGGAGAAUUAAUUAUCAGUCAGCAGACAACAAAAGAGUGCAUGUUUGACUUGGAGAGAACGAAGAAAGACUUAAACGAAUUUAAAAAUAAAUAUUACGAACUGAAACGCGUUGUGACGAAAAUAAAUCUUAAAAACCAAAAUACUUCAGCAUUAGCCAAACCGGAUUCAACUCCUACGAGUUAUAGCAAAUUUUUGGAUAUGACUAUAUAG